AUGGAUCCGAUAAAGUAUAUAUUCGAAAAGCUUGCUAUUACUGGUAGAAUUACCCGGUGGCAGAUGUUGCUAACCGAGUAUGAUAUACAGUAUGUGACCCAGAAAGCGAUAAAAUGGAGUGUUCUGUCUGACUACCUUGCUCACCUACCUGUCAAAGGUUAUCAACCGUUGAGGUUUUACUUUCCAGAUGAGGACAUCAUGUUUAUCAGAGACUUCAUUAUACCAGACUUUGAGGUAAGCCCUAAGGAAGGCCCCGAACCAGGAUCGCGAUGGACGCUCGUGGUCGACGGUGCUUCCAAUGCUCGAGGCCAUGGUAUAGGUGUUGUUAUCACCUCUCCAACUGGUUUCCACCUCCCAUUUACCGCUAGAUUGUUUUUUUACUGCACCAACAACAUGGCAGAAUAUGAGGCAUGUAUCUACGGUUUAGAGGCGGCGAUCAACUUGAGGAUUAAGAUUCUUUAG